AUGGCGAAACAGCUCAAUUUAACCGCUCUAUGGUCACGAAAAAGAUCUGCUGAUACUCCUGCUAUCCGCCAUGAUAUUUCUGUUGAUGAACCCGUUGUGGCCGGCCCAUCAACACCGACAGGGAAUGACGAUCCUGAAGGUGAAGAAGCCGAGGGGGAGCCUGUUGGCGAUGAUCAGGCUGAUACCGGUGUUGAAGAUGUAGUCCUUGAAGACACAGGGAAAUGUCAGUGCAUGAAAUGCGGUGUUUCAAUGAAAGUAAAACAAAGUGUGUUAAAAAAACAUUACACUGAAAAGCAUGGGGAUACCAAAGACUGGACGAAAGAGAGACGGAGGACCUUCAUCCAAAAAUGGAGGGAUGAUAACAGGAAACAGAAAGGCCAGAUGAAUGAAGCUUUCGGAUUGAAAGCAGGGCAGCGGGCCGCAUCCUUCAGGCUCGGGUUGAUGAUUGCUAAGGCGCAUUUGCCCUACAAUUCAUCGGAGGCAAUCGUGACAUGGGCCUCUUUGUCGGAUCCAAAAAGUCGCAUCUUUGGGAAAGAAGCAGUGAAAACGUUUCCGAAGUCUCGACAGACCGUAACGAGGAGAGUAGGAGAUCUUGCAGAAUACAUACGGGACGACAACAUCAGUAACAUAAGAAAAUCAAUAGCGUGGAGUUUAAUGAUGGACGAGUCUACCGACAAAAAGUGUUUUGGUCAGGCGAUCCUGUAUGAGCGACAUGUCGAUAUGUCGGCCAUGUGUGUUGUAGAGGCUUUUUUGGCGAUACUGCGAGUCAAAGGUUCACCCAACCACAACAACUUGUUUACCUUGAUCAAUGGAUUUGUCACAGACAAGGAACUCCCGAAGGAGAAAUUGUGCGGAUUUGCUGCUGACGGGGCAAGCGUAAUGCAAAGCUUGGGGAGGGGAGUGGCUGGUCUCUUGCGCUUGAACUAUAAUGAGAACUUAUUCAUACAACACUGCAUUGUGCAUAAAGAAGUUCUUGGAACAAAAGACGGUAUGAAGAAUUCAAUACCAGCAACGGUGGAGCAGACCAUUAAAAAAGUCCUUGACUUUUUUGCGAACAGUCAUGUCAGGGCCGACAAGUUGGAAGAGAUUAUAGCAAUGUCGGAUGAAGAGCAUGAGUAUAACCAACUUGUCAGGUACCAAGCCGUCCGAUGGCUAUCACUCUCCAAUUGUGUGAAUCGGUUUGUUUCUCUCUACACUGAGGUCGCCCAAUAUUUUGAGACUGAGUCGACCACGGGGAAGGCUGAAGUUCGUCGAAUAUGUGGAGAAUUAUAUCAGGCAGUGGCGGGAGGGGACUUUGAGUUAUACUUGCUUUUCUUGCAGGCAGAACUGAAGAUUCUGGCGAAACUGAAUGCUACACUGCAAGUCGCCGGACAAACUGUUUUCACGGCAUAUAAUACCAUAAGUGAUUCAAUCAGAGAAUUCAUUGAACCGAUCGUUUGGGAUGAACGUCGGCAAUGGGAUGACCUACUGUCAGAUGAAAACCUGAAGGGGUUCAAUACCGACAUUGAAUUCCACUCUGCUGGUUUUCAUGCAAGGAAAGCCCAGCUAGUGGAACAUGGUGUAUUGACCCCACGGAUGGCGGAUGAAGUACAUAGGAAUUGCUACAAGUACGUUUUGAACACUGCCAAGGCAAUCCAAACUAGGUUCCCUGAACUAGCCUUCGUCGUUCAGAAUAUGCGCUUCCUUGUUCCCGAGUAUCGUGCAUUAGCCAGUCUUAAGCACUGUAACAUUCUGGCCGUUGCAGAUAGAUAUGUUCCCGCCAGGUUCGAGCAUGAUCAACUGAAGGAGCAGUUCAGAACCUACCGAUUCACAUCUGACCUUGAUAAUCUGUUGGAGAAUUCUCCAGGGUCCGAUAACUUCUUCUGCCGCUUGUACGAGAUGGGGGAAUUCCGUGAAUUUGCGAAAUUUUGCCUGACCUUGUUAUGUCUGAGUCCUACCACUGUUGCAUGUGAGCGCGGCUUUUCAACCAUGAACCUAAUUAAAACUGUGAGGAGAUGUUCCUUGUCUGAAGACAACUUGAAUGCGCUCAUGAUGGUGAAUACAGACAGACGAGACCAAGAAACAUUCCCAAUUGUUGAAGCCAUGCGUGCAGCAAAAGAUUAG